GUUGUGUCACGUGGUUAUGGUUAUUCAUAGUGACAUAAUAAUAUUCAUAGCAUGACUCAGGGGAAAAUUGAGGGUUGGAAUUGGCUAGUGAAACUAAGUGAAAGUAGUGAUUCCCUGUGAAGAUGAGCAGUUACAGAUCGCAUAGAAGUGACAGGACUUCAAGACGUAGCGCUCAUUCUACAACGAGCACUAGAGUAGUCUCGGCAGCUAGAUCAUUUCCCAGGCUACAACCCGGGACUAAACCCACGGUCACAGGGGGGAGACAGUACACCAUCAAGGUAAAUCAUCUUCCUCUUGAUACCAAGGAAAGGGAAGUGUAUGAAUAUUACAGAAAUUUUGGAUCCAUUUCUAAUCUCAGAGUCAUAUCCAGCUCCAGUGAAUCCUAUGCUCUCAUUAAUUAUGAAACCGACACUGAUGCUGAAGAGGCAAUGAGACAUACCAAUGGUAAAGAAGUUUUUGGCUGCACUGUUAGAGUAGUAUGUAAAUGGAAAGACAACGCUCAAGUUCAACACACUCUGAAAGUGACAAAUCUCUCGCUGAAUGUAACUCAGGAGGAAAUGGAAGAUGUUUGUCGUAGCUAUACAGAUUAUCAAAGUCUUAAAGUUAAUAAGGGAUAUGCUUAUGUCAAUUUUUCAUCACUACAAGGUGCAGCAACAGCAAUGGAAUUUUUAAAGAAAGUGAAAUUUUAUGGGCAAUGCCCCAUCGUCAAAUUACAAGAUAAAGAUUCUAUUCAAGUCUCUCCUAAUCCUCCUCAAAUUCAGGCCUACACCUUCUCACCUUCUUUUACUCAUCCUCCAGCCCAUAGUCCUCUUCCUUCAGCUUCACCUGAUGGUUGUAUUCCUCUUCCAACUCAAACUCAUAUUCCUCCUCUAGCUCGUGUUUUUCCUCGUGUCCCUCUUUCAGCUCCUCAUUCUCAUGCCUUUCCUUUUCCUGUUUGUCACUCGUCUCAAGCUCAGCUUAGUCAUAACAGGAAAUCCACAGCACAGUCAAGCACAGGAGAAUCAUCAACUAUUAAAGCUACAUUUGGUUCUAGUGGAAUUACAGGUGAGGUUCUAGAGGCAUACUUUUGUCAAUUUGGUAAGGUCCUGAAAACUGCUAUAAUAUCAGGGAAUCCUGACUAUGCAUAUGUCAAUUUGAGUCAAGUGAAGAAGCAAAGGCUGCCUGUACCUCAAAAAAGGUGCAUCUCGAUGGUGUGCAGGUGAAUAUCAAACUCAGUAAAAAGCAGCUGUCAGUUGAAAAGGGUUCAAAAGUGGUUACUUAUGAGGAAGAUAUACUUGUUAAUUUAAUUACUACUUACAAAUUUCCAGAAUUGGAGUUUCAGCUUUCUAAUGUGUCUGCAAAACCAUUAAAAGAUGGAAGAGGCAUUCUUAUUUCCGGUGACAAGGAUAAAGUAGAAAUGGCCGAAAGUAUUGUACGAUUACAUAUGCAGCUACUUCAAAGUCAGAUAAUAACAGAGUCGAUCAAUCUCGAUUGUCAGUUCAUACCUUUAUUAAAAGAUCCUCAAUUAUUUCAGAAUAUAGAGCAGGAGAAUGGUGUGGAGUUUAGUAUAAAGCUGUCUAAUGGUUCUACCAAAUCUAUUGUUACUUUCUCCAGUACGAUAGCUAGUGCAAUGUCUAGUUCAUAUCCAUUGACUAUUGAGAGUAUUUCUGAUUAUUUAACUAGUUCAGGUGCUAGUGUUGUCUCUUGGAAAUUCUUGGAUGAUGAUCACAAAUUCACACUCAUGAGUGCUACUGAUUCAGCUGAAAUUGAAAAACUCUAUCAGCAACAUCUUCAUUCACAACGUCUCAUUCAUCAUUCUCUAAUUUCUCCUUCUUACAGCAUAGGGAAAUGGCGAUACACUUAUGAUUUUGAUGACAUGAUACAGUCCAACACCACAACACAAAAGGAACGUAAAAUCAAACGCAUACCAGCUCUAGAUUCAUCAUCACUCUGUCUAUCCUGUCGUGGUUUAAAGGAAAGUGUUCAAGUUUCUAUAGCUAGUUUACGUAAGAAAUUAGAAGGGAUGGUUACCAUGAAAGCAUUUGGAGGCUGCAGUACUGAGCAUAUCAUUGAGUUGGCACAAUCAUUUUGUGUCAAAGUGGAAUCAUCAUUUCCUAAUAUUUUAGUGUUUGGUGAUGGUGACUAUUUGACAAAAGUAUUUCUUGUUCUAGCAGAAAAACGAGCCAGCCUUCAAUCUGUUCCACUUUCAUCAUCGUCAUCUUUUCCUCCUGAGUGGGAGCCACAAACUAAAAAUACUGAACUGAAAUCUGUUAAAGUAAGCUCUCUUGAAUGGACUAAGGUUGUGAGUGCUAUCAAGAAGACAAUGGUGGGAUCUGGUGCAAAUAUUUUAAAAAUUGAGAGGAUACAGAACAAAUUUUUAUACGAAAAAUAUGACUUAUGCAAGAAAAGAAUGCACGAGAAAA